AUGUUUGUCGACUAUACGGUGAUCUCGGCCGUGCAGGAGGUAGCGUCCGGUCCGCAAUGGCACGUGCGCGUGGAGCGGAUCAACCACAUGCCAGAUGUUCGAGUGAGCCUGUUCUCGGCGGGUUUGGGCGACGCAUUGGGGAUCCUGAACGUGCGGUAUGAUCCGCGGCAGCCCGACUUGCGCAACGGUAAACUCCAACUCGAUUCCACACUAUGCUGCAAGGAAAUUGUCGUCAUCUUUACGCCGACGGCGCUUUGGGCCGGCCCGACUAUCCCAAAGCCGGAAAGGGUGGACGCAGACCGGCCGAUGGGCUGGCUGUCUGGGAUGGUGGACGUCGUUAACGAGCAGCUCACCCUGGAAGCCCAGAAGCAGUCUUACGAGGGAUUCAUCACCCCCGAGAUGCUCGCCUUCCGCACCCGGUUCACGCUUGUCGGCGCCGAGCGGCUGGAUGCGGGAUGGGUCGAUUCGCCCGCAUGGCGCUUCAGCAACCCGGUCACGAACACCGACCUGGCUGCGGGGUUCACAAAUGCCCUGGAGAACAGGUUCACCAGCGAUGGGCACCUGUACCCGCCCAACUUCACCCUGCAUGGCACCACCAUCCUUGAGGAGCGCGGCGGGUGA